UCAGGUAUUACGUCAAUAGAUGUGCAAUGAUCUAGUGCAAACUUUUAUUCAAGUUUCGGUUUUGGAGUCAUCUGCUUGAUGUUGAUGUCUAGCGUAUCCAGCGUGCUUGGUUGUCAUUCAUUCGUCCGGUGCCUCCUCCUCUCUGAUCUUUGAAUCUACUGGAAGCGUCUCAAUACAUCGUCGUAUCCACAGGCUAUCCAAUCAUCAGCGAAAUUUCGGCGGCGAGGUUGCAAUGGAGCUCUCGUUUAGCGGGAAGCGAGCCGUGGUGACCGGUGCUAGCCAAGGAAUAGGCAAUGUAAUUGCACGAGAACUUGCGAAACAUGGAGCCACAGUGAUAGCCAUUGCCAGAUCGGCUGACAAACUCAAGGAGCUGCAGAAACAGGUACCUAACAUAGUGCCUGUUUGUGUUGACCUUGCUGACUGGAAUGCUACUGAGACAGCAUUCUCCACUGUUGGGCCUGUAGAUCUGCUUGUGAACAAUGCAGCUGUUGCCAUUUUGGAGCCUGUGGGAGAAAUCAAGCCAGAGUCAUUUGAUAUCUCCUUUGCCACAAAUGUGAAAGCUGUAGUUAAUGUGUCACAGCUGUGUGCCAAAUCAAUGAAAGACCGAGGUGUAGGUGGUGCAAUUGUCAACGUCUCAAGCCAAGCAGGCAUUGUGGCCCUGGCAAAUCAUGCGAUCUACUGUGCCAGCAAAGCGGCUUUGGACCAGCUUACCCGAGUAAUGGCCCUUGAACUCGGGCCAUACAAGAUACGAGUGAAUUCGGUGAACCCCACUGUGACCAACACUCCUAUGUCCUUGGUUGGCUGGAGUGAUCCUGUCAAAGCUAGUGCCAUGCGGUCCAAGAUCCCCCUAGGGCGUUUUGCAGAACCUGAAGAGGUCUGUGAUGCAGUUUUGUAUCUGCUGAGUGAUCGCUCUUCAAUGAUUACCGGGACAGUGUUGCCUAUAGAUGGUGGUUACACCGCCUGCUGACACGAGUCUGAACUGUGUAUCCUAUGUUCUGCUGCUGGAGUAAAUAUGAGGAUGUUUUGUUCCAAGAAAGUGAUUUCUGGGCGCUAAUGUAUUAUGAAAACUAUGGUGCUAUAAUAAAGGAUUUUACCGAUUCUAC